CACACCUGCGAAUCACCGCGUUCACGCCGCCGCACGGACUUCACAUCCGCGCCGCUCCAACGCACACUCACCCGCUAAAGGCAACACAGUAGCAGACCGACAAUGGCUGCCUUCACCGUCUCCGCCCCCGUGCUCAAGGCCGCCGCCGCCGUCUCCGCCGGUCGCGCGCGCCAGGCGCGCCGUUCCGUCGCGGUCCGCGCCACCGCCUUCGAGAUGCCCGCCCAGUACAAGAAGAUCUCUCCCGUCGGCACCCAGGUCCUCGUCAAGGUUGCCGAGGCCGAGAAGACCACCGCGGGCGGCAUCAUCCUCGCCGAGUCGGCUCAGCGCAAGCCCACCUCCGGCGACGUCGUCGAGUUCGGCGACAAGUGCGUGGGCAUGAAGAAGGGCGUGACCGUCCUCUACAACAAGUUCGGCAUCGGCUGCGUCGACAUCGAGAUGGGCGGUGAUUCCUACAUUCUCAUCCGCGAGGAGGACCUCAUCGGCACCUUCCCGGGCUCCGGCGCGACCGCCAACGACAUCCCCAAGCUCACCCCGCUCGCCGAUCGCGUCAUGCUCAAGGUUGACUCCGUGUCCACGACCACCGCGGGCGGCAUCAUGCUCACCGAGGGCGCCGUGGAGAAGCCCUGCACCGGCGUCAUCGUCUCCGUCGGCCCCGGCAAGAAGGUUGAGGGCAAGGAUGGCGAGGAGGAUGAGAUCAAGCCCCUCGCCACCAAGAAGGGCGACAAGGUGAUGUACUUCAAGUACGCCGGUGACAAGAUGUUUGAUGGCGACGGCGAGGAGUACGUCGUCCUCGCCGAGAGGGACAUCCUCGCCAGCAUGUAAGAGGGUAGCGAACGGAUCUAACGCCAAGCAGCCGCAGCUUUUUCAUUCUUCGCUUUGGCGAGAGAGGGUGGGGGACACGGGGAGAAGUCUGGAGUGGACGCGCGGGGGCUUGGGAGCGCGCGCGUAGGCACCGUAGGAAGGAAAGCGUGCGGACGUGGCGCUCGCACGCGGAGUUCGCUCAUUAUUAAUACACGAGCUAAGCCUUCUCCUC